CAGUCGCUUCACCGUCAGUUGCGUUUAGUCAGCGUGUUCGUCACGAAGCUGCAUAAAAAAUUUAAUUAAAAAUAAAAGAAGAAACAAAUAAUUAAAAAAAAAAAAUAUUUACGAAAAUUAAUUCCUGUACGUGUGAGUGGGUGUAUGCGUGUGUGUAUUAGUGACUGUGUGACUGUGUGAGCGUUGCCCAAGCGAAAAAAAUGGGGCAAGAGGAUCAGGAGCUAUUGAUACGCGGCAGCAGCAAACAUCCCUCUGCCGAGCAGUUGCACAAUCAGGGCGAGAGCACAACGGCGGGAGCAUCGGCUCCAACAUCGCAGAGCUGCAUUAGCCAAGGCUUUGGCCAGAGCAAGAACUAUGGCACGUUGAGCAGCUCGGAUUCACUGCGAGAGCUGCCGGAGACACUGACCUAUGCCUGGCACAAUGUGGACAUAUUUGGUGCAGUGCAUCAACCCGGCUCCAACUGGCGUCAGCUCGUCAAUCGCACACGUGGACUCUUCUGCAACGAGCGUCAUAUUCCUGCACCACGCAAGCAUCUCCUCAAGAAUGUUUGCGGCGUGGCUUAUCCUGGAGAAUUGCUGGCUGUGAUGGGCAGCUCGGGAGCGGGUAAGACUACGCUCUUGAAUGCCUUGGCCUUUAGGUCACCGCAGGGCGUGCAGAUCUCGCCCUCGAGUAUGCGAUUGCUCAAUGGUCAGCCGGUGGAUGCCAAGGAGAUGCAGGCACGUUGUGCCUAUGUGCAACAGGAUGAUCUAUUCAUUGGCUCUCUGACGGCACGAGAACAUCUCAUCUUUCAGGCCAUGGUGCGAAUGCCACGUACUUUGACCUAUCGACAGCGUGUGGCACGUGUCGAUCAAGUGAUACAGGAGCUAUCGCUGAGCAAAUGCCAGAACACGAUUAUCGGUGUGCCAGGACGCGUGAAGGGAUUGUCGGGCGGAGAGCGUAAGAGAUUGGCAUUUGCCUCGGAGGCACUCACCGAUCCGCCGCUGCUGAUCUGCGAUGAGCCCACCUCCGGCCUGGACUCCUUUACCGCGCACAGUGUUGUUCAGGUGCUGAAGAAGCUAUCGCAAAAGGGCAAGACCGUCAUUCUGACCAUACAUCAGCCAUCAUCGGAGUUGUUUGAGCUCUUCGACAAGAUUCUCCUGAUUGCCGAGGGACGUGUCGCAUUUCUGGGCACACCCAACGAAGCUGUAGAUUUCUUCUCCUUUGUGGGUGCCCAGUGUCCGACCAACUACAAUCCAGCGGACUUCUAUGUCCAGGUGCUGGCCAUAGUGCCAGGUCGUGAGGUGGAAUCCCGUGAGCGCAUUGCCAAGAUUUGCGACAACUUUGCCGUCAGCAAAGUGGCCCGGGAUAUGGAGCAACUGCUGGCCGCCAAGGCGCAGACAAAGCCACUGGAGCAGCCCGAGAAUGGUUAUACCUACAAGGCCACUUGGCUAAUGCAGUUCCGUGCCGUGCUCUGGCGUUCCUGGUUAUCUGUACUGAAGGAGCCGCUGCUGGUAAAAGUGCGACUCAUUCAAACCACGAUGGUAGCUGUGCUCAUUGGACUCAUCUUUCUGGGACAACAGCUUACCCAAGUGGGCGUAAUGAACAUCAAUGGCGCCAUAUUUCUCUUCCUGACCAACAUGACCUUCCAAAAUGUGUUUGCCACCAUCAAUGUUUUUACCUCGGAGCUGCCUGUGUUUAUGAGGGAGGCGCGGAGUCGACUUUAUCGCUGUGACACGUACUUUCUGGGCAAGACUAUAGCGGAAUUGCCGCUCUUUCUGACCGUGCCUUUUGUAUUUACGGCAAUUGCCUAUCCGAUGAUUGGACUGCGAGCUGGAGCGAUGCAUUUCUUCAACUGUUUGGCAUUGGUCACACUGGUUGCCAAUGUUUCCACCUCGUUUGGCUAUUUGAUAUCCUGCGCUAGCACCUCCACUUCCAUGGCACUCUCGAUAGGUCCACCGGUCAUCAUACCAUUCUUGCUCUUCGGUGGCUUCUUCCUAAACUCGGGCUCAGUGCCAAUUUAUCUAAAAUGGUUAUCUUAUCUGUCCUGGUUUCGAUACGCCAAUGAAGGUCUUCUGAUUAAUCAGUGGGCCGAUGUGGAGCCUGGAGAGAUCAGCUGUACCUCCUCCAAUACGACGUGUCCCAGCUCCGGCAAAGUUAUACUGGAAACGCUUAAUUUUUCUGUUGCAGAUCUUCCCCUUGAUUAUAUUGGAUUGGUCCUGCUUAUAAUUAGCUUCCGAGGAUUUGCUUAUUUAGCACUGCGAUUGCGGGCCAGGCGCAAGGAAUAACUUUACAGCAGUAUCCUGACUAGUUUAUGUUUAUACAUACAUACUUACAUAUACACAUUCAUGUAAACAUAUGCAUACAAUAAUUUUUUUUUUUUUUUUUUAUAUAAUUAAUCGUGUUAAAACACAAAACUGCUGGAAUAAACUACAUUGAAUGUUAGUCGGCUGGGUAUUUUAAAUUAAACAUGCUUUCUGAACACAA